GGCUGUUUAUUUUAGGAAACAAAGAGCUGUAUCAUUUGCACACGCCCUUAUAGGCAGACACAGGCUCUCCACUCCUGUUCUUCAAAAGAAGGGGAGGCAAGAUGAAGAGCUCUUUGUUGCUGUGCGUGGCCUUGGCCAUCUCCUCGGGGUUCGUCCUUGUGGCAGGUUAUCCACGGAACUCUGAGGACGAGGAGUAUGUGCUGGUCAAUAACAAGUGUCAGUGUGUAACAGUGACCUCAAAGUUUGUCCCCUCCAAAGAAAAUCCCGGUGAAGAAAUCCUGGAGAGAAACAUACGCAUCCUAGUCCCCCUGAAGGCUCGAGAGAACAUCUCUGACCCCCUGUCCCCACUCAGAACCACUUUUGUCUACCGCAUGACUGAACUCUGCAAAAAAUGCGAUCCUGUAGAAAUUGAGCUGGGUGGUGAGAUAUACCAGGCUCAGCAGAGCACCUCCUGCGACGAACCUGAAACCUGCUAUACCUACGACAGGGACAAGUGCUACACCACAACCUUCCCAUUCCGCUACCACGGGGAGAUCAGGAAUGUUCAAGCAGCUCUGACACCCACGUCCUGCUACGCUGACUAGCUCAAUCCACUGCCAUGCUAAUGCCUUGUCGCAGUCAGCGUUCCUAUCAGAAAAUACAUGUAUAGCAGCGUAGUAUCUGGACGACAGUGUCCAAAACAUCAGCUCCCAGAGUAAUGCCAACUUGCCUCUUCAUAUCCUUUUCAACAUCAGACUAGUGCCAUCUCCCAAGAGCAGCUACUUGUUGUCAUAGACUCUGUUCUCAUAUCCCCCACAGGCACCCACAAUGCCAUUAUUAUACAUCUCGGACAUUAUCACCAUAUAGACCGGACCCUCAGUAGAUGUAAAUCAGUAAUUCCCUUGAAGUCAAGGGAACUACAGCGAUUUACAACACCGGGGAACCUGUCUUUUUGUCAGUCUCCCAUUGGUCUUCAUCUGAGCAAGGCUGCCACGGACAUCAGCAGGCAUGUCCACGUACUUCCCUCCCUCAGCCAUCUACAGCAAACCUCCGCACACCCUUUAUAGGAGACCCUUUGAUUACAUUAGCAGAACUCAUGCCAUUACUAGAAGGCUGUCUUACAAUCAUAGUUGAGAGAAUAUCUGAACGAUGAGACUGAGAAUUCAAAUUUCAAAGGUAGUUUACAAUUGGGCAUUCUAGACCCUUCUAGCACUUUGACAAUUGCAAGCUUCUAGUUUUCGCAUGCAUUUAGAGAUGAUCACAAGAUGCCUCCUCCCUGAAGCGUUCUGCAAAGUUGCCAGCGCCUCAGCUGUGCCAGGAAUAGUCAAGUCUUCUAGGACAUGUUACAUAUUUCACUUUCUGUGCUUACUUACUGAUAUUGCUGCCUUCUUCCAAGUCUGCUCCAAGUUCAAUUCAUUUUAAAAGAAAGCUCAAGUUGACUCAAAUUUGUUUUCUUUUUCUGCGUCAAGCUUCAAGAAAUACUAUGAAGGUGACUCAGUUGCUAGUGCAGGACCCUAGUUCAGGAUUCAAUUCCUUCUUUCACACCAGCAGGUUUUUUUCCUUUGUACAAGAAACCCUCGCCUAAUAAAGGAGCUGAUGAUUCUGUAUUGCACCUUACAUUUAAAUGCAUUACACUGGGUAUCACCCACAGAGACAUCCUGUACAUGAGCACAUAAGGUGUCCAGCAUUACCUUUGGGGUGGCUGCUAUGUUUCUCACUGUUGUCAGAAGUUGAUUGGAAAAACCUUUAGCCGUUCUGAAAAGUCCUUACCUGUCUUCACACAUAAUCGGAAUAUUAAACCAGCAAAAACCUUAUUCUGAUAAUUGUAGCUUUGUUAGUGAAACAGUAAAUAAACAUUUUUCUGCAGCA